AUGGCUCCUAAUGUGGUUUGCCGAAGACCCAGAGCCUUAGCAAUGACAUGUCUGGAGCUAGAGCGGUACCUACAAACAGAGCCUAAAAGGCUGUCUGACUUUUUUGAUGAGGAUCUGGACUGCCUCUUGACAACAGGUUUUAUUAAAGAGGACAGUGAUGAUGACAUGAUGGACCCACUUCUACCCAGUCUUUCCAAUCAGCACCGUCCACCACCAUUGCAUACGUCUCUGCCCAAGAACCUUUACACAACAGUCACUGGCAAAAAAAUUAAGCCAGGAAUGAAAGAUGGCUAUGGUUGUGUUAACCCAGCACAGCUGAAUGCAGUCACCUCUUUAACACCGCCCUCCUCACCAGAACUGGGCCGACGUCUGGUCAAGCCCAUGCAGACUCUAACAGCCACAGCUGAUGGCACACUUAUGCUCAAAGUAGUGGCUAAGAAAGUGGGACUGGGCACCAGCAAGUUUAUGGCGACACAAUUGCCGUCUCCACUGCAUGCUCAUGAAGCACAGAGUGAUGGGGAAGGAGGCUUGGGGGCAGCAGGUAUUAAUGACAUCUUUGAGAGCAAGAAAAGGGUUCAUCGUUGCCAGUUCAAUGGCUGCAGAAAGGUAUACACAAAGAGCUCCCACCUGAAGGCACAUCAGAGGACACACACAGGUGAAAAGCCAUAUAAAUGCUCCUGGGAAGGCUGUGAGUGGCGCUUUGCUCGCAGUGAUGAGCUAACUAGGCAUUACCGCAAACACACUGGCGCCAGGCCCUUUAAGUGUAACAACUGCGACAGAUGUUUCUCCAGGUCUGACCAUUUGGCUUUGCACAUGAAAAGGCACAUCUGAGAAGAGAUGGAAGAAGCAAGUGGGAGAGACCAGUAGGAAAGGUGGAAAAAGUAUAGAGAAGAAGUGGCAUGUGUGUGUGAUGUCCCCAAUAUAGAGAAGCCCCAUGUGAAGAACUGAAAUACAAACCCAAACUCUUUCGGAUAACAGGGUGGCUAAUACAAAGCAUAUGUGAUGCAUGGAGGCUCUAAAGACACAGAUUGCUUGAUUUUUCACUUUUUUACACUUUCUAAAGUCAUGCCACUUUUAAUUUUUUGGCAAUUAGCCUGAGCUACUAGCUUGGGAAUCAUACUUUCUGUUUUUGCACUAUGCUCUUGUUUGUAAAGUAAGUCAUUAUUGGACAGAAAGUCUGUCAACAAUACAUUGUGAUCUGGAAAUUUUGCUGAACCAAGGACUCAUGUUGACAUGCUAGCAUACAUCAAACUGCCACUGUGGAAUAUAAGUGGAGUAAAUGGCCAUGGAAGAAGAUUGUGUAUUGACCUGUUCUGUACUUACUGCAGGAGAAAGUUGCUCUCGCUCACCUUCGCGCCUGUUACUUUACAAGCAACUAAAAUAAUGCACAUCAAUUUUUUUGCUUUUUAAGAUAGUGUUACAAAAGAU